AUGAAGAUCUCUCACCGUGCAUACGGCCUGGAUGUGAUGCCAUCGCAAGCAUCAAUCGAGUUGAAAAACCAGGUAGUGUCCACAAGCACAGCAAUUCUGCAGCAAGGCCAUCAAGAAAGCAGAAACAAGCAAGGACCAGGGGUUGAAGGUGAAGAGAAAAUCCCAACGGAAAGAGAAGAUGGGGGGACGGAGGUUGAGCUUGGAGAGUUCUUCAACGGUGAAGGUGGCGGUGAUCAUCACGAGGUGGUGAAGCCGAGCUUCAAGGAGGACAAGGGUCAUCAACUGAAGGGAGGGCUUGUCAUUGAAGGCAUUGAAGGGAGGCCUAAAGGAAUUGUGCAAAAAGAUCAUCAAUAG